CGUUCGUGUUGUACAACGUGCUGCUGUCAUGCUCAAAGAGUGAAGAGUCGCGGGGCUGCACUAGUGGUCUGCCGCGUCUGCCGGACUCACCCACGCACAGGAGGGAAUUUCUUGCACCUGCCGGCACCUUUGGACACUCCCAACUAUACACCACCAUGGGCGCCGCAUUCGACUUUGCGCCGGAACGGCCAGAGCACAUCCAGGUCAUUCUCGAUGGCCUGGACAGAUAUAACCCCGAGACGACGGGCACCUUCCAGGACUAUGUCAUGAACCAGUGCGAGAGCCAGACGUACGACUGCUACGCGAACCUGGCCCUGCUGAAGCUCUACCAGUUCAACCCACACCUUGCUCGCGAUGAGACCAUCACCAAUGUCCUCGUCAAGGCCCUCACCGUCUUUCCCAGCCCCGACUUCUCCCUCUGCCUGUCGCUCCUGCCCGUCCACGCCCUCGCGCCCCUCUCCUCCUCAGCACACAACCCGGCCGCCGGCGACGCCCCGCUCUCCGAAGCCGUCCAGAAGCUCAAUGAGCUAAAGAACCUGCUCGAGGGUGCUGACUACGCCACCUUCUGGUCGACGUUGGACUCAGACGAUCUGUACGCCGACUUGAUCGCCGAUGUGUCUGGCUUCGAGGAGCUGAUGCGCGUGCGCAUCGCCACCACCGUCAGCCAGGCUGUGCGCGAGGUCGAUCAGAGCAUCCUCGAGUCGUGGCUAAACCUGUCUGGCGACGAAUUCCAGCACUUCGUCGGCAGCGUGUGUGGAUGGGCUGUUGAGAGCGGCAAGGUCAAGGUGCCCAUCAACAAGGACAACGAGGCCAAGGGCACCGUUGUGAGGGAGAACGUCAAGUUCGACCAGUUUGCACGCGUCAUCAAGAGAGCGUACGAGCAGCCUGCAUGAGCAACUAACGCACUAUAUGACGAUACGAGACGAUGGACAUUAGCUCUACACAGAGCGCGCGCUCGGCGAAGCAUGCAGCAGAGCAUGGAUGGGCGUUGAGGGACGUGGCUGCAGCAGCCUGCACAGAGGACGCACUAGUCACUCUAGCCACAGCAAUGGACUUGAGCUUGUAUAUACCCCAGCGAUCGACAGUACACUGCCUUGACCUCGAUUGUGCAGUCACCAAAGCCGAUACAGAGGCUGAUGCCGAGGACCGCUGUUGAGGUCAGGUAGACGAUGAAAAUAUCAAAACUAACACCACAUUCAAGACGUAUCCCCUUCAAACCACUGUGAUGACACAGAGAUCUGCC